GUUUAAAGCAGUCUUGCCAACUAGUCAAACACUUUACUGGAAUUAUUCAGCAUGUCAGCCAAUAAUCAUCUGCUCUGGACUCCUCCCCACCCAGAAAAGUCCAAUAUGAUCAAAUUCCGGGACUUUGUGAACAAGAAACAUGGCCUUGGUUUGAAGUCGUAUGAAGAACUGCGCAAGUAUUCUGUUGGGCAGCUUGAUGACUUUUGGUCAGAUAUUUGGGAGUUUUGCGAAAUCAAAUCAUCUACUCCAUAUACCGAGGUAUAUGAUAAAUCAGUCACCAUGGACAAAAUUCCAAAAUGGUUCAAGGGCGCCCGGUUUAAUUAUGCCGAGAAUGCUUUGCGUCGUACGGACACUGGAGCUGCCAUUAUUGCUGCAGGUGAGCAAGGUGUUGGUAACAUCACUUCAUUUGAAAAACUCAACGCGGAUGUCGCUCGAUAUGCUAGCGCUCUUCGCAGUCAUGGUGUUGGUGCUGGAGAUCGUGUUGCCGCAUAUGUUCCUAACUGUACUGAGGCGGCUACAUUUAUGCUUGCUUCUGCAAGUAUCGGUGCAGUUUGGUCAUCUGCAUCGCCUGAUUUUGGAGUUGUUGGAGUUCUUGAUCGCUUUUUACAAAUCCAGCCCAAAAUCCUUAUAUCUGCCAAUGCUGUGUACUACAACGGUAAAGUGCACGACCACAUAGGAAAACUGCGCGAGGCGGCAGAGGGUCUUUUGUCUGUCGAAAAAGUUGUAGUGAUUCCUUUUGUUCCAUCCCAUCCCACCAAUCUUAGUACCGUUCGGAAUGGAGUGUCGUUGGAAACCUUUUUAUCAAGCGCGACCACUACCAAGCAUCAGUUUGAGCAGCUUCCUUCUCAUCAUCCAUUGGUUAUCUUGUUUAGCUCUGGAACUACUGGAAAACCAAAAUGCAUUGUUCAUUCUCAUGGGGGUACUUUGAUUCAGCAUCUUAAAGAGCAUGUUAUUCACGGAUCAAUGGGGCCCAAGGAUAUUUUCUUUUAUUACACUACGGCAACUGGCGCUACUAUUGUUUUGUAUGACGGAAGCCCAUUUAAGCCUUCUCCUGCUCAUUUGUGGGAUUUGAUAGACAAGCUGGGCAUCACCAUUUUUGGUACUUCAGCCAAGUACAUUCAGAGUUUGCAAGAGAAUGGUUUCAAGCCAGCCGAAAAGCAUAGUCUUUCUACUCUGCAUUCAAUUUACUCUACAGGCUCUCCACUUUCUCCAGAAGGUUACGAAUUUGUUUAUUCGUCCAUCAGCAAGAAUGUUCUUCUUGGAUCCAUCACUGGCGGAACCGAUAUUGUUUCUCUGUUUGCUGGUCACAACUGUGCCGGACCAGUAUACCGCAGCGAAAUACAAUGUCGUUGCCUAGGCAUGGCUAUUGAGGCUUGGGACGAAAACUGCAAAGCAGUGUUCGAUGAACCUGGAGAUCUUGUAUGCACUAAACCAUUCCCUGCUAUGCCCGCUUUCUUUUGGAAUGACGAGGAUGGUCAAAAAUACAGAAAUGCCUAUUUUAACAAACUUCCAGGUGUUUGGUAUCAUGGUGAUUUUUUGAUUGUCAACUCUGUUACUGGAGGAGUCGUUAUGCUGGGCCGCAGUGACGGUACUCUUAACCCUAACGGUGUACGGUUUGGAAGCGCCGAUUUGUACAAUAUUAUGGAAUCGUAUCCCGAGGUUGCCGACAGUUUGGCUGUUGGACAAAAGCGAGGUGACGACGAGCGUGUUGUUCUUUUUUGCUUAAUGGCGCCUGGAAAAGAAUUUAAUGAGGACUUGGUCACCAGGAUUAAAGCUCAGAUUCGUACCUUGCUUUCUCCUCGUCAUGUUCCUGCAUUCAUUCUUCCAAUCAAAGAGAUUCCUUAUACUUUGACUGGGAAAAAGGUCGAGGUUGCUGUCAAGCGCAUUCUUUCUGGUGAGACGGUUGUUCCCAGCAGCUCUUUAUCCAAUCCAGACUCUUUGAAGCUUUACUAUGGUAUUCCUGAGCUUGCUUAAUUAUGAGUACAGUUACUUGAAAUCAAUUAAACCAAGUUGACAGCAUCC